AUGCCAAUGGAGCUGCACGCGGUACAUUAUAAGAGUGAUUACGGCACUCAAAUAGCGGCUCUUCGACAAAAUGACGGCGUCACCAUAUUAGUGUAUUUCUUCCAGCUGCAGGCGGCCCCUAAUCCGCUUCUGGAUGACAUCGUAAAUACAUUACCCUUUAUCCAAGCAGCUCAUUCUUCCAUUCGUUUAAUACCUUUCCCUAUAUCGAAUAUUAUGCGAUGCUUCCAACGUGAUUACUUCGUUUACUGGGGCUCCAUAACCAUGACAAAUAUCAGAAAUAGUGUACUUUGGUUAAUAAGCAGAGAGCCAUUAGGAAUAUCCAUUGAUCAAAUCGCGGAGUUUCGGACGCUGUGCGAUGAACGUAAAUUACCGAUCUUAACAAAUCGUCAGCCAUUGCAGGACAGAUGUAAUAGAAACAUUUUCCACGUAUGCCCUAGUGGGUCCAGAUAUGCCACGCUUCUGCCAAUUCCACGUAAUGUCAAUGAUAAAUAUAUUCGCAGAGACAAUGCCGAUAGUCGUAAUAAACAAUGA